AUGGCGUUGGAUUUGCUCGGCCGCAAAAUGCCACUGGACGGGUCGUCAAAGCAACCGCCAGUUACACCGUCCUCGGUUGGCUCCGGAAUUGCUGGCAGUGGUGGUGGAAGUGGUAGCAGCGGUACGAGCGCUGGUGGACACACUUCCGGCGCUGGUUCACUAGUAACCGGGGUUGUUGGCUCAGCCAGCGCCAGUGCUGGUAGUUCGUCAGCGCUGGGCAAACAAAUGAACGCCAAGCGUUCGCUGAAGCUUUCCAGCCUGGCGGAGGAUAUUGUGCCCCCGGGUGUGGUCAGCGACGAGGCUCCGUUCCGCGCCCGGUUGCAUCAUCUGUUUUCGCAAAUCGAAAAAGAAUUCGAACUAAUGUACAUUGAAAACGUGAACCUACGUGAAAAGCUGGAUGCUGUCGCUGGACUGACUCCACGUGACUCCACGGUUGGUGAAAGGAUGCCAUUGCAGGAUACGUUCGAGGUGGAUGGAUCCGUCAAUAAAAGCUUCAAAUCGAAGCUCGGUAGCGCCGGUAGUAAAGUGAAGGCCGGCCAUAAGCUGCGAGCCCAGACGAGCCGCAUCGUAUCGAGUUUCAAGGCACAGUCGGUCGUUAGUUCGCUGGUGCGUGAGUUUUGUGGCCACAAGGACGGUGUGUGGCAAGUGAGCACCAAAGUAGGUCAACCGAUUAUCGGUACGGCCUCGGCCGACCACAGUGCGUGCAUCUGGAGCAUCGAUUCCGGGCGGUGUCUAUUGCAGUACCAAGGGCACAGUGGCUCCGUCAAUUCGAUUAAGUUCCACCCGACCCGAGACAUCGUGCUAACCGGGAGCGGCGAUACGACGGCUCAGAUAUGGCAGGCGGCAGUGAAUUGGGAAGUUCCGGCACGCAAGGGACACUCCUCCGAAGAAGAAUUGGACGACGAAGAUGAACCGUACGAAGAGCGAGAACGGACGGAUCUGCUGCGCACGCCACUGUGUGAGUUUUCCGGACCCGGUGGCCAUUCGAUGGUGGUGGUAGCAGCGGAUUGGUUGCCCGGUAGCGACCAGAUCAUCACUGCCAGCUGGGAUCGAACGGCCAUUUUGUGGGACGUUGAAACUCGUGAACCACUGCACACACUAACUGGCCACGAUGACGAGCUGACGAAUGCUUCUGCCCACACCAACCACCGACUGGUGGUUACGACGGCGCGAGACUCAACCUUCAGGCUAUGGGAUUUUCGCGAUCAAAUACCGGCCGUUUCCGUUUUCCAAGGCCAUACCGAAAAUGUAACUUCAACAGUAUUUACUCGCGACGACAAGCUCGUGUCCGGUUCGGAUGAUCGCUCCGUAAAGGUAUGGGAGCUGCGUAACAUGCGCUCGGCGCUGACUACCAUUCGAUCGGAUUCGGCCGUCAAUCGGGUUGCCGUUUCGGCUAGUGGUGUGAUCGCCAUUCCGCACGACAACCGCCAUAUACGGUUGUUCGAUCUGAAUGGACAGCGCAUUGCGCGGUUGCCACGCACCAGUCGCCAGGGACACCGCCGCAUGGUGUCAUCGGUGGCCUGGACCGAAGACAUUACGUCAAACUGCAAUCUCUUCUCGAGUGGUUUCGAUCGUCGUGUCCUAGGUUGGGGUGUCUGUUUGCCUCCGAAAGACAACUGAAGCAUCAGAUCGCCGAAACAAUCUGCUUUAUUCUCAGUGUUUUACUUUGACAGCUUGCCCGAGGGCGCGAUAUCGUUGGUUGCUGUUUUCGGUGUGUGGUUGUCCUCUAGUGAUGUUGUUAUCUUUGGAUGGGAUUUUUUUUACAAAAAAAACACUGAUUUAGGCUCCAGUGCGGUUCUAGUCUAGCCUAGCCCACAUGGGGUUGUGUUUUCGGGUCAUUUAAUCUCGUAAGCAUUUCUAGGUUUGUCUAUAGGUGGUGAUCUGCUCAUGGCCCUCUAAGUCAAAAGGAAUACGUAAGCAAGUUACUUUUAUACCGUAACGAAGAUAUUUCCCGAUUAAUUCCACCAAGCUUACAGUUCUCAGUGUUUACAGCGGUCCGUGGCAUCUGUUAGGAUAACGCGUUAGUAUCGGAGGUUUCUGGGAAUCUCAAACACAUCCCGAAUGUUAUUUUGUUUUCUACCUGUAUAUAUGUUUAUAAUUUAUUAUUGUUGUUGUCCUGCGCAAACCAAUGCCGUCUAGUUGAGUAGUAAGCACCGACUGGCACCAGGGUACUUCAAACAUCACUGCACUUUACAACAUGCUACGGAAGUGGAUAAAACGAUGCCUUCACUUUGCAAUACCAACCUAGUUUUACACUCGGUCACCAUUAUUAGACGGCAUUGGUGGUGAAGGUAAGGCGAUGAUCGGUGCAAACACACUGGUCGGAAGCGACGAAUGUUCAGGUCGAACGAUUAAGGAUAUUUAUUUAACGAUCGCAGACGGGUACGGAUACUGUGCUUUAGUCAGAAUUCAGGAACUUAGUUGAGGUUACAAGGAAGCGUUAGAAACGAUGCGAUCAGGAAACGCACGAAAGAAGAAAUAUGUUAAAUAGAGAACCGAUGAGAUCGAUCGUUGUUUUCUGGUUCGAUCACAGACUAACGGUGAUCGAUACCGAUCACCGUCAGUCAGUCAUUUGCCAGCCGAUGGACGAGCCUUUUCUUGAAAGUCAUAUACGUUUCUUGUACAACAUAAGGUUGUAAAAAUUCAGCAUCCGGUGGCGCUUGUUGUCCGGUGACGAAACGAAAUGUGACGAGAAGGAUAAGCACAGCAGUACCAAAUCUAUGUAAGAAAGGGGCAUAGUUUCUGUUGAUACUCUUGUGAUGUAAA